AUGGAAGAAGAAGAAGAAGCAGGACAACAGCAACAACAGCAGCAGCAGCAACAAGUCAAUGAAAAUUUACCAACAGAACAAACGCGUUGGAUUGCGGGAACGAUAUUAGUUGAAAAAAUCGAAGACCUUUAUGAUUUAGAUGGUUUAAUUAACCACGGAGAAUUCGCUGAUGUAUAUAAAUGUCGAUUGAAGAACCGGCAAACCAUUCGAGUAGUAAAAUGCAUUCCAAAACGUGGAAGUCGAAGAACUCCGCUUAAAAAUGCUUCACAUGUUUUACAACUUGAUCAUCCAAAUCUGGUUGUUCUUCGAGAAAUUCUCGAAUCACAAACACAUAUUUACAUCGUUCAAGACUACAUCAAUGGACCGAAUCUAUUUCAAAAAAUUGCUCGAAUGGAAGUUUAUACAGAACAUGAUCUAUCGAAAUACUGUUCACAAAUCUUGAAAGGACUUGAGUAUCUGCAUGAACAUAAAGUUCAUCAUGGAAAACUUCAUGGUGAGAAUAUUAUCAUUCGUGAAGAGGAAAAAGAAUCGAAAUUGUGUCUUGUCGACUAUGCUUAUGCUAAUAUAUGUACACGUGAUGCAAUCAAUCUACUUGUUAAUGCAACACCAAGCUUUUGUGCUCCUGAGAUCUUACGUGGAGAACCGUAUAGUCCAUCAUCGGAUAUGUGGCAGUUAGGAAUUUUGAUUUAUUUUUGUUUUACUGCUAAGUAUCCAUUUCAUGGCACACAAAAAGAGAUCUUUCAGAAGAUUCUCAAAGGUGCCAUUGAGUAUGACGCACCUGAAUGGGAACAUGUAUCAGUGAAUGGCAAAAGUUUCGUUAAUAAACUUUUGAAAGUCAACGUUCGUGAUCGCCUUACUGUCAAUCAAGCCUUUUCUCAACCGUGGAUUCGCGAGAAAGUUUACCGUUCUGAUACAUUGUCUGAAGCUCAAGCGAAGAUUGCUGCUACUCUACCUGUAGUUCCCGAGAUACAACCAAACGAUCCCGAUGCGGAAAACGAAGAUAACGACACAGAGAUUAACGAAAAUUAA